GGGCGGGGCCGGAGCGGGGCCGGGAGCGCGGGAGCCCCGCAGCCCCCGGGACCCCCCGGCUGCCAGCGCAGACUGGAACUGAGCUCUGGAAAAACAAAGUGGAGCUUGGAGCAUGUGGCCUGAGGAUUGCCUUACACAGCCAGGGGUGGUUGCUAAGCAGUGAGCAGGAUGCCCCCAGGCAUUUACUGCCCUACGGAAUUCUGGUCCAAGGGGGAACACCAAAACAUCCAGGUGGACUUUUUGCUGCCCACAGGCAUAUACUUAAACCUCUCUGUGCCCUGCAAUGCCAGCCUGGGCACCAUCAAGCAGGUGCUCUGGAAGCAUGCACAGUAUGAGCCGCUGUUCCACAUGCUCAGUGACCCCGAGGCCUACGUGUUCACCUGCAUCAACCAGACGGCCGAGCAGCAGGAGCUGGAGGAUGAGCAGCGUCGCCUCUGCGACAUCCAGCCCUUCCUGCCCGUCCUGCGCCUCGUGGCUCGCGAGGGGGACAGGGUCAAGAAGGUCAUCAACUCCCAGAUCAGCCUGCUCAUUGGGAAAGGUUUGCACGAGUUUGACUCCGUGCAGGACCCAGAGGUGAGCGAUUUCCGCAGCAAAAUGUGCCAGUUCUGCGAGGAGAAAGCAGCAAAGCGGCAGCAGCUCGGCUGGGCAGCGUGGAUGGAGUACAACUUCCCCCUGCAGCUGGAGCCCAUGGCCAAGGGUCCUGGGACUGGCUCUCUGCAAAUCCCCACCAAGAACAUUUUUGUCAACGUCAAGUUCCAGUCUGGUGGGGAGAGCUUCACGUUCCAGAUCUCCCCCUGGGAGUUCCCCAUCACCUUAAUGAGCUAUGCUAUUAAGAAACAGGCUACUGUGUUCCGCCACGAGACUGUGCAGAAGCCAGAGGACUACACCCUGCAGGUGAAUGGGAAAUGUGAAUAUCUCUAUGGGAACUACCCCCUGUACCAGUUCCAGCACAUCCGCAGCUGCCUGCAGCGGGGCCUGACCCCCCACCUGACCAUGGUGCACUCCUCUGCCAUCAUUGCCAUGAGGGACGAGCAGAACAGCUGCUUCACCAGCCCCCCAAAGACGGCCUCCAAGCCCCCCCCGCUCCCCAAGAAAAAGCCAAACUAUGGCUCUCUCUGGUCCUUAGAGCAGCCUUUCUACAUCGAGCUGGUGCAAGGCAGCAAGGUCAAUGCAGAUGAGAGAAUGAAGCUGGUGGUGCAGGCAGGUCUGUUCCAUGGCAAUGAGAUGCUGUGCAAGACCGUGUCCAGCUCGGAGGUGAGCGUGUGCUCGGAGCCGGUGUGGAAGCAGCGCCUGGACUUUGACAUCAACAUCUGCGACCUGCCCCGCAUGGCCCGGCUCUGCCUCGCCCUCUAUGCCGUCAUCGAGAAGGCCAAGAAGGCUCGUUCCACCAAGAAGAAGUCCAAGAAAGCUGACUGUCCCAUCGCCUGGGUCAAUGUGAUGCUCUUCGACUACAAGGACCAGCUGAAAACAGGGGAGUGCUGCCUGCACAUGUGGUCCUCCUUCCCAGAUGAGAAAGGGGAACUUCUGAACCCCAUGGGCACAGUGCAGUGCAACCCCAACACAGAGAGUGCAGCAGCCUUGGUCAUCUGCUUCCCCAGCGUGGCAGCACAUCCUGUGUACUACCCAUCCUUUGAGCAGCUGCUAGAGUUGGGAAGGAAUGGAGAGCAACCCCGAGCUGCACCAGAAGAUUCUGAGGAGAAGCUGCAGCUGAGGGAGAUCCUGGAGCGGAGGAGCCACACGGAGCUGUACGAGCACGAGAAGGACCUGGUGUGGAAGAUGAGGUAUGACAUCCGUGACCAGUACCCACAGGCUCUGGCCAAGCUGCUCAUCAUCACCAAAUGGAACAAGCACGAGGAUGUUGCCCAGAUGAUUUCCCUGCUUCAGACCUGGCCAGAGUUGCCUGUUCUGAAUGCCUUGGAGCUGCUGGAUUUCAGCUUUCCUGACCGUUAUGUUGGUUCCUUUGCUAUCAACUCCCUGAAGAAGCUGACGGAUGAUGAUGUGUUCCAAUACCUGCUGCAGCUUGUCCAGGUGCUCAAAUAUGAAUCCUACCUAGACUGUGAAUUAACCAAGUUUCUGCUGGAAAGGGCAUUAUCCAACCGCAAGAUCGGCCACUUCCUCUUCUGGCAUCUGAGGUCAGAGAUGCACGUUGCCGCCGUUUCCCUGAGGUUUGGCCUGAUCCUGGAAGCGUACUGCCGGGGCAGCACCCACCACAUGAAGGUGCUGAUGAAGCAGGGAGAAGCACUGAACAAGAUGAAAGCUCUGAAUGACUUUGUGAAAGUGAGUUCUCAGAAGGCCACCAAGCCUCAAACCAAGGAGAUGAUGCACAUGUGCAUGAAGCAGGAAACCUACAGGGAAGCCCUUUCCCACCUCCAGUCCCCCCUGAACCCCAACAUUAUCCUCGCUGAAGUUUGUGUGGAUCAGUGCACCUUCAUGGACUCCAAAAUGAAACCUUUGUGGAUUGUGUUUAAUAAUGAAGAGACAGGUGGAGGUGGAGUGGGUAUAAUUUUUAAAAAUGGAGAUGAUCUGCGCCAGGACAUGCUGACUCUGCAGAUGAUCCAGCUGAUGGACAUCCUGUGGAAGCAGGAGGGCCUGGACCUGAGGAUGACCCCUUAUGGCUGCCUCUCCACAGGAGACAAGACAGGGCUGAUUGAGGUGGUCAUGCACUCGGACACCAUUGCCAACAUCCAGCUCAACAAGAGCAACAUGGUGGCCACAGCUGCCUUCAACAAGGAUGCACUGCUCAACUGGCUCAAGUCCAAGAACCCGGGAGAUGCCUUGGACCAAGCCAUCGAGGAGUUCACCCUGUCCUGUGCUGGGUACUGCGUGGCCACCUACGUGCUGGGCAUUGGAGAUCGGCACAGCGACAACAUCAUGGUCCGGGAGACGGGACAGCUGUUCCAUAUUGAUUUUGGUCACUUUUUGGGGAACUUCAAGACUAAAUUUGGUAUUAAUAGAGAACGAGUCCCUUUCAUCUUAACCUAUGACUUUGUGCAUGUCAUCCAGCAAGGAAAAACUAACAACAACGAGAAGUUUGAAAGGUUCAGGGGUUACUGUGAAAGGGCCUACAUGAUCCUACGGCGCCACGGGCUCCUCUUCCUGCACCUCUUUGCACUGAUGAAAGCUGCUGGGCUGCCAGAGCUCAGCUGCUCCAAAGACAUCCAGUACCUAAAGGACUCCCUGGCCCUUGGGAAAACCGAUGAGGAGGCACUGAAGCACUUCAGACUGAAGUUUAAUGAAGCCCUGCGGGAGAGCUGGAAAACCAAAGUGAACUGGCUGGCACACAACGUAUCCAAAGACAACAGGCAGUAGAGCAGGAGCCUGCCCCUGCUCAGGAGGAUGUCACAGCCCGAGCCCAGCACUCACACACAGGCUCCUGAGGACUGAAGAAUGGUGCAGUGCGGAAGUUCCCCCACCUCGUUCCCAGACAUCAGACAUUGCUGCAUGACUGAAAACCUGUUGGCCUGUCCUCAGCCACACCACUGUGGCUGCUGCAGAUGCUUGGGAAACAAGGGAGAGACGUGAGGCAAUAAAACUACUGCAUACAGUAAAGGUAGGUAAAGGUACUGUACCCUUGAGAACUCCUUGAACUUCAAAUACAUGUUUCAAUGGAAGAGUUGAGGCACAUGUAACAUCCCUCUGGUGUGCUAAUGUCUGUAUUUCUAUUUUCUUGAAAAUUUAGCUGAGCAGAGAUCUCCCUGUGAUUGUAGCCCAUCUUCUAGGUCACCACUGUUAGAGCUUAGAGGCAUUAACCAUGGCAUGUGGUCACUCCUCCUGCCCUGUCAGUGUCCACUGAGGUGGGUCAGCUCAAAGCACACCAAAGCUGACUUGGACAAAUGCUUUUACUCUGCCUUAAGACAGGAUAAAAACAUCCACGCUGGCAUCUUGCUUUCUGUCUGCUCCAGAGGCCAAAGUGUUCUGAAACUGAGCUGGAACUCAGCUCCUGCUGUCUAGAACUGAUGGCACAAGAGCAGCUUUGGGGUGGCCACUGGAUCAGACAUUUUGCUUUCCAAAGUUAGGCUUUAGUUAAGCCUUAAGUAAUUCCUGCAUUUAUUUUGGUUUCAAACCUGACAAUGCUAAGACUGCAUUUUCAAAUUAACGUACUCACUGCUUCUUUUCAUAAAAGAUGUUAAGUUGUGAGGUUUGUUCUGGUUUGGAUCUAUUCAUACAACCCUGUUGCCUCUCAAGCAGCUGUUGGUAGAAGCAGCAGUUCUGGCAUAGAAGACACCUCAUUUUAAUUUAAUCUAACCCUGGGAGACCCUUUUCCCUACACCUUCAGACAAUACUGUGACUGAAGCACUCCGGCUCUGACAGCUGCUUUGGUACUAGAGGGAAAUGCUGCAGGAUUUAGAGCUCUAUGCAGGCUGUUCAGUGAGAAACAGUCCUGUGCCUCUGCUCCAUUUUAGAGAGUAAAUAUUGCUAUUUCCUUGCUUAUUAAACUAAUGUACAGAGCAAAAAGUAU